CACGAAUUGUGUUAUCUUAUAGAUUUCAGCUUUAUAAUGUAUUGAACACAUGUUUGAAUUCUCUUGUCACAUUUUCAUUAGACGACGUCCUUUCAACAUGUCAAGAAAUUUGUUGAGUGCAUUAUUGCUUGUAUUUGUUCUGUUUGAGGCCAGCUAUGGAUUGACAACAACAAAAAAGCCACAUCAAAAUGAAAUGGACAACUAUAGAUUUUAUUAUGAUAGUAUGAGUCAUAUGCUUGGCAUGGUAAAUAUCUACCAACAUGGAAUUACAUGUUACAUAAUGAACCUAUCACAAGACGAACAGCAACAAGUACAUACAGUAGAUGGAAAGACCAGACUUGAGCUAAAGAUGCUAACCCACUUAAGUUCAGCCACUACAUCAAUGACAUUGGACGCGCUUACACAAUCAAGUCAAAGACUUGGUCAUGCUUGUACAAAAGCCACAAACAUAUAUUCCAUGACAAUUUAAAAAAAACGUACAACUUCUUGUAAUAUAUAAAUAAAUUAUUAGAACAAUGUA